AUGGUCUUGGAGGACUAUCCCAUGAAGGUGGUGGUGCUUGAGGGCUUGACAUCUCUUGUUCGCUCAAGAGGUUCUUUGAGGUGUAUGAAAGCGGCUAAACCUAAUCUAGCUAGGUCGGCGCCGGCUUUGGGCUUGAAUUGUGCGGAUUGGGCUUCAAAAACGGCUUCGGGUCGACCGCGGCGUUCGGACGGUCGGUCGGGACGAUCGGCCGGACAGUCGGGUCUUGGCCGAGUCGGAACGGUCGUGGCCGGAUGA